AUGGAUAUAAAAAACCAGACUGAGCUGACUAAUUUCAUUCUUCUGGGCUUUUCAACUUUGGAAGACAUCAAUAUUUUAGUCUUUGUGGGGUUCCUGGCCAUUUAUUUAUUUACUGUGAUGUGGAAUGCUUUCAUUAUCUUGAUAACUAUUCUGGACCAGAGGCUGAAAACCCCUAUGUAUUUCUUUCUUGGAAACCUGUCCUUUCUUGACAUCUCCUAUACUACUACCACAGUCCCCCAGAUGCUGGGCCAUCUUCUCACAGAGAAAAAUAGCAUUUCCUACAUGGGUUGUGUGUUCCAGCUAUAUUUUUUCUUCUCCUUGUUGGGUACGGAAUGCCUUCUUCUGGCUGUCAUGGCAUUUGACCGCUAUGUUGCCAUAUGCAAUCCUCUACGCUACAUGGAAAUCAUUAGCAAAAGCACUUGCUUCCAACUGUCUUUGGUUUGCUGGGCUGGUGGUUUUCUCAACUCAGCUAUACACACAGUAUACACAUUCAGACUGCCUUUCUGUGGGAACAAUCAAAUUGAUGCUUUCUACUGUGACAUUCCACCAUUGUUAAAGCUGUCAUGUGGGGACAUAUCCCUCAACCAAAUGCUCUUGCUCUAUAUUGGCUUGCUCAUAGCUUGGGCCCCUUUUAUAAGUAUCCUUGUGUCAUAUGCUUAUAUUAUUGCUACUGUCUUAAAGAUACACUCUCCUGGAGGGAAACAAAAAGCUUUCUCCACCUGUACCUCUCAUCUCACUGUGGUUCUUUUGUACUAUGGUAGUGCCAUAUUUAGUUACUUGAAACCUAUUUCCACUGAUUCAUCAAAUAAUUCAAGGCUGAUCCCAUUGAUAUAUAGUAUCUUGACUCCAUUGUUAAACCCAGUUAUAUAUACCUUGCGCAAUCACGAUGUGAAGAAGGCUUGGCAAAAUAUGAUAUCAAAAUUUUAA